AUGCACUACGGUAUAGAUUAUUUUAGCAUAAAUGGUUCCGAUACCCUCGUGCCACUUAAGUCGGGUGUCACAAUAGGACAACGUAACACUUUAAGUUCGCUUGACAUCCAAGCAAUUCGAGCUUUUUAUGGCUGUUCAGUACCUAUCACCACAACAACUACUAUCAUCACCACUACUGCAUCCACUACAUUUACUACUAAAACAACAACGACUACGACAAAACGUACUACAACUACUACUAAAACAACAAUAACAACUACAAAGUCUACUACCUCUAGUACUAAAACAACAACGACCACUAAAAAACCUACUACCACUACUAUUAAAACAACAGUGACAACUACGAAGUCUACUACUUCUACUACUAAAACAACAACGACUACGACAAAACCUACUACAACUACUACUAAAGCAACAAUGACAACUACGAAGUCUACUACCUCCAGUACUAAAACAACAUCGACUACUACAAAACCUACUACAACUACUACUAAAGCAACAAUGACAACUACGAAGUCUACUACCUCUAGUACUAAAACAACAACGACCACCAAAAAACCUACUACCACUACUACUAAAGCAACAAUGACAACUACGAAGUCUACUACCUCCAGUACUAAAACAGCAACGACUACCCCAAAACCUACUAAGACUACUACUAAAGCAACAAUAACAACUACGAAGUCUACUACCUCCAGUACUAAAACAACAUCGACUACUACAAAACCUACUAGCACUACUACGAAAACAAUAACGACCACUACAAAAUCUACUACCUCGACUAUGUCUACUACUACUGCGACAACAACCACUAUAAUACCUCAUACCUCUACUGCUACCACAAUUAUUGUCACCACCACUACUAUAUUAACUGCCUCAAAUACUGCAACAACAACGACCAUUACAAUAUCUAUUACCUCUACAACAACGGAAACCAGCGGUACGACAUCUUGUUUCUUUAACACUAUAGCAGC